ACGUCCAUCUUCCAUCUGUCCCAGAAUGUUUUUUUCUCCCUUCCAGGCAGCCUGAGCCGGGCAGGGCCCCUCCCUCUGCUACGGCAGCCCCCCAUCAUGCAGCCCCCACUGGACCUCAAACAGAUCCUGCCCUUCCCACUGGAGCCAGCCCCGACCCUGGGCCUCUUUGGAAACUACAGCACCAUGGACCCUGUGCAGAAGGCUGUGCUUUCCCACACUUUCGGGGGGCCCUUGCUCAAGACCAAGCGGCCAGUCAUCUCCUGUAAUGUCUGUCAAAUCCGCUUCAAUUCUCAGAGCCAGGCUGAGGCACACUACAAGGGUAAUCGCCAUGCCCGAAGAGUCAAAGGUAUCGAGGCCGCCAAGACCCGAGGCAGGGAGCCUGGUGUCCGGGAACCUGGAGACCCAGCUCCACCAGGGAAUACCCCUCCAAGUGGAGAUGGGGUAACCCCCCGUCCAGUUUCCAUGGAGAAUGGAUUGGGUCCUGUCCCAGGAUCCCCAGAGAAACAGCCUGGGUCCCCAUCGCCUCCCAGUGUUCCAGAGAGUGGCCGGGGUAUAACCAAAGGGGAAGGGGGGACUCCAGCCCCCGCUGCCCUGCCUGGAGGUAGCAAGGAAGAGGAGGAGAAAGCCAAGCGACUGCUCUACUGUGCACUGUGCAAGGUGGCUGUGAACUCCCUGUCCCAGCUUGAGGCGCAUAACAAAGGUACUAAGCACAAGACAAUUCUGGAGGCCCGCAGUGGCCUGGGGCCCAUUAAAGCAUAUCCUCGCCUUGGGCCUCCCACCCCCGGGGAGCCCGAAGCUCCUGCCCAAGACCGAACCUUCCACUGUGAGAUCUGCAACGUCAAGGUCAACUCGGAGGUCCAACUGAAACAGCACAUCUCCAGCCGGCGACACCGAGAUGGAGUGGCUGGGAAACCCAACCCACUACUGAGCCGGCACAAGAAGCCGAGGGGCGCCGGGGAGCUGGCGGGCACGCUGACUUUCUCCAAGGAGCUGCCCAAGUCCCUGGCCGGGGGCCUGCUGCCCAGCCCCCUGGCGGUGGCUGCGGUGAUGGCAGCCGCGGCCGGCUCCCCGCUGUCUCUGCGCCCCGCUCCGGCUGCACCUCUUCUGCAGGGACCGCCCAUCACCCACCCCCUGCUCCACCCGGCCCCGGGGCCCAUCCGAACUGCGCACGGACCCAUCCUCUUUUCCCCAUACUGACCUCAACCCGGAACCCCCUCCCGUUCGGUCCCCCCCCACACACACCUCCAAGCCGGGACCCCAGACCUCCAGGGGGGCCCCAGCCCGCCCCUCUUCCCGGCGCUCCCUGAACGAUCUCUCCUUUCCCCCCCACCCCGAAGGUACGGGGGUUCCAGGAAAGGGGAGGGGUAGCGGGGGAGGGGGGCUUCAGAAAGGGGGGAACACCCCAGAUCUCAGGGAACCCCGCCCCCUGCCCUUCCCUCUCCCCUAGAAAUGGAGGGGCCGUCUCACCCCCGAGCCCCCUUUGGAGACACCCCCCUCCCAAAAGCCAUGUCCAUCUAGCCCUCCCCCUCCCCCCAAACCUAGCACAAAACGGGGUUCACAAGCCAUGGUGGGGGGGGAGGUCCCCAGGAUGGGGUGGGGAGGAGGAAAUUGAUUUUCUUGGCAAUAAGUGGACUCUGGGACUCCGGGCCCCCCCCAUACCCCAAACUGAAGCGCUUCCGUGAACCCCCCCACCCUCCGCAGGGGGAGGGUGGCAGGCGGGGUCCCGGGUCCCUCAUUAGCACUUUGGUGUUACCGCCUGCGACCUCACUGUGCCCGCCCCGCGCCCCAGCCCCCUCCCCCGGCCUGGCCGGGGCCAAUUGCGGGGGACAGCACUUGGGUGGGACCAAGGAGAUGCCCCCCCCCGAGACCCUUCCCCGCCUCCUUCCUCCCCAGCCUGGGUUCCAUUCUUCUCACCAGCACCCAUCGCCCAAGGGGUACCGAGGAGGGCAAGGGGUGUCCAGUCCAAGCCCGUGCCCGCCUCGCCUUCCGCAAAACUGUGAGCAAAAAGCAAUAGCCUCGUCCCCGCCCCUUCCCGCAGGAGCCUCCCCCCCCCGUGAC